AAGGAAGUGUGGCUUGUUUAAAAACAAGGCGCCAGCUGCUGCAGGUUCACAAAUAAAAGGUCCACAGGGAUGCCCGGGUCGGAAUCUGCUCGGCUGGGUCGGAAACGUGCCCUGCCUCCGUGUCCCAACCCGCUGUUCCUGCAGUGGCUGACCGAGCUCCGGGACGAGGCCCGGGAGAAGGGCCUGAAGAUCCAGUACACCUACCAGAAGGCAAUCAGCUCUUUAAACAAAUAUCCGCUGCCGCUUCAAAACGCCAAGGAGGCAAAGAUCCUGCAGAACUUUGGGGACGGCAUCUGCAAGAUACUGGACCAAAGACUGCAGCGACACUACAGAGAGAACGGUGCCAACGCUCCCAUCCACCGGCUCCCCAAAGGAGCGCCCCCUCCUGGCAGAACCGACACCCACAACAACCUGGCUCCCAAAAAGAAUGCUGCAGGAGGUGAAGGGAAAGACAAAGGAGGAGGAGGGAAGAAGACGAGGAAGAGGGAGUAUGUCCCUCAGAAGAGGACUGGAGGAUACGCCGUCCUGCUGACUCUGUACAGACAGCUGCAGAUCCCCGGCAGCAGAGGCUUCAUGUUCAAGCUGGAGCUGCAGGCGGAGGCUCAGCAUCUCUGCGACAAAUCCUUCACAGCGCCGGACCUGGGCAGUAAAUACACCGCCUGGUCCUCCGUGAGCACCCUGAUCCAGAGGAACCUGGUGGAGAAGACUCACAACCCUGCCAGGUACUCCCUGACAGAAGCGGGUCGGGCCUUGGCGGAGCGGCUGGCGUCGGCGGAAGGGGAGGUGAGAAAUGGUCCGGAGGAGGGUGAGAGUGAAGGAGACGAGCCUGGCGGAGGAAAAGAAGGAGGAGAAGGAGUUCCUGGGAUAGUUGAUCUUACUGGGAGUGGUGAAGAUGAAGACGAGGAGCCGCCUCACGCACUGAAAGAGACCGUCCCCAGCGUCACCGAGACGAGGAGAAAUGCCGGAGGGACGUGUUCGUCGGGACAACCGAGCAGGAACCUGAACCUGAACGGCGAGCGCCUCCGACCGGGAGCCUAUGAAAUCAUCCUCUGUGUGGACUUCAUCGAGACGACAGGCGGCUGUCAGCACCGCAAGCAGGAGCUGGUGAAGGAGCUGCAGAGGAACGGCGUCAGGUUCGACGUCAGGAAGCUCAACGUGGGGGACUUCCUGUGGGUGGCUCAGGAGCAGCUGGCGCCGGUUCCAGGGCAGCUGCGAGCUCCCGCCGGCACAGAGCUGGUCCUGGACUUCAUCGUGGAGAGGAAGAGGAUGGACGACCUGUGCGGCAGCAUCAUCGACGGCCGUUUCAGGGAGCAGAAGUUCCGGCUGAAGAGGUGUGGUCUCCGCAGGCCCAUCUACCUGGUGGAGGGGGGGGGAUCUGCCGCUGCUCACCUGAGCAUACCUGAGACCACGCUGCAGCAGGCCAUCGUCAACACGCAGGUCGUCGACGGCUUCUUCGUGAAGAGAGUGGAGGAUGUGAGGGAGUCGGCGGCCUACCUCACCGUCAUGACUCGAUAUCUGACCAAACUCUACCAGAACCGGACGCUGGUGCGUCGCUCCAGAGAGCUGGAGGGGGACGGGGACGAGGUGGAGGGAGGGAUGCCUUCCUGCUCCCUCAUCUCUUUUGCAGAGUUCAACCACGGAGCCGUCAAAAACAAGUGUCAGACGGUGAGAGAAGUGUUCGCCAGACAGCUGAUGCAGAUCAGCGGCCUGUCUGGAGACAAAGCUGCUGCUAUACUGGAGCGCUACAGCACCCCCCACAGUCUCCUAGCAGCUUAUGAAAAGUGUUCAAGUGAACCAGAGAAAGAGAAACUUCUCUCCGGCAUCCGAUAUGGCAAGCUCAAAAGAAACCUGGGUCCGGCCCUGAGCAGAACCGUUUACCAGCUGUACUGCACCCAGGGAGCACUUUCAUGAAUACGACUCUGAUACAAUGACUACAAACUCCAAAUCCCUCAUCUCACAGUGACAGUUACAUCGGACCAAGCUUCUGUCCUUCAUUCUUUACUUGGAUUCAAUUUGAAGCUGAUUUAAUUUUAUACACUAUAUAACUGCUGCUAUUUUUUUUAUAUUUCUACUGGAAGAUUGUAUGAAGCAUUUCAAAAAAGGUGUCCAGGAGAA